UUUCCCCCUCCAUCCCCGUCUUUCCCUGCCACCUCCUCCCCUUCCCCUGCCUCCACCUUUUCCCUGAAGUUUUGUAAUGAAUCUAAUUAAAUAUUUUUAUGCCCUUCAACUGGUUCCUUAGUGAAUACUAUCAUCAAUCAAUCCACACGCUAUGGAAUAAACCAGCAAAGCAGUAAAAGGUUAACAAGCCGUAGGACCACUCUAAGUCCCCAAGGCUCAUUGAGUUUCAAGAAUCAAAUAUUUUCUGGACUUUGCAGUGACUCAAUAAGAGCGAUGGCGAUGCAUCUUCGGCGGAAUUUAGGCAAAUAUUUUACCACCGUUGGCCCUUUCUCAGCGGGUUUUGGGGGGUCUUCAACCGCGAGGAGCGGUGCAAGUGCAAGAGCAAUGGCUUUACUGCCUGCCGGCCGCCAGUUCUCAUCCUGGUCUGCUACACAUCUUAAAAGAGAAUUUCACGAGCUUAUGGCUGAAUUCAAGGAAUUAUCAUUCAAUGACUGUUUACAGCUGACUAUUGGGACAUAUGUUCUUGCUUGUGUGGUUCAAAGUACUUGGUGUGAAAUCAAACAGUUUACGAAGUCAGUUUGGUCGAGGACUGGCAUUGCAAACUUGAAGUUCAGCAGCAAGAGGGAUGGCGGUGGCACUGAUGGAGGCAGUAGCAGGGAUGAUGGUGUUUGA